GAGUGAAUACGUCUUCUGUAACAGCCAUCAAUGAUACGAGAUUGGAAUGGAGUGCAGCUACCAUCAGAAACGCCCGGCAGUCUGAAGACGUUAACGUUUAUGGUGACAUUCGAGCAGCGCCUUGUCGGGAGGACUCAACGAGGACCCCCUUUCACACAAUGUCAUGGCUUAUCAAGAUCUUCGUUCUACACUUCCUGAGCAAUACCGGGGUUGUGACACCAAGCUGGACCUGUUGAGAGGUGCUGUCGAGUACAUCCGCUUCUUACAGAAGUGUCUUACCAACGCUACUUCGGGAGAGCAAGUGGAAUACCUACAGUCUUUCAGUCACACCUACAACGAGUGCCAUUGUUAUGUAUGUGAGCAGUAGCUGUUCAACAAAGUUUAUAAGCUGUGGAUUCCCUGCCUACUGCUAGUACAAGUAUGGUUCCUGUAUACACAUCGGUUUUAUUGUCGGUGAAGGGUAGGGUUGUUGAACCACAUGGCUCGUCCAGCAGGGCAACCAACGAACGCGAAUAAGUCACCUGUCACCACAUCACUGAAGAAUGGGCUUUAGGGCUAGUUCUGUCAUUUAUUGCGAUAUCGAUGAUGAUGAUGAUAAUCGUUGGAGAGUUCACGUUUAUUUCCCUAUUAUUCUAAAGAUGUGUAUAGAAGGCAAGCACGAGCAUGUCAGUAAGGCCAUGGAGGCUAAUCUCGGAAAUAAACAUUCUAAAACCUCUGUGACUAGAACUUUCUUAAUAAAGACACACAUAGUGAUGUAGAAACGACAGGUGGAAGGAGUUUAUAUCUAACUUGUCAUUUACGUACACACAUUCGUCUUCAUGACCAGAACGACAACCGCUCAUAGGGAGUUGAUCACAUGUUAAACCAUCAUUGUGGAGUUGUUGCGCAACAGGUUACUGUGACGUCGAAUCUGGCGGAAGUAACGCGACACAUCGAGGGAUUUAGUACUCUCAGUUACAGCACUCUGGUUGAUAUCAUCGGACACGGUUGGUCGAGACACCCGCUCAAAUGAUGAGUAUUUUAAAUAGGGAGCUGUUUAUACCAGCAGAUACUGGUGUUUUACAACAUGUAUACUUUGCAGUAAGAAUGUGUCAAUAAGGAGUAGCGGAGACUAAUACCGCUUUAUCCGUUUGCCUGUAAUCAAAGCCGCCGGCAAUCCUCUGUCUCAAAAGGGGAACUGACAAUUGUAAGAAGAAGCGAAAGACUAAACAUCGCGAUAAUGUUCAGUAAAAAGUCAGGCCCUUUGCUCUUCGUCAUCAUUGUCUAUUGCCUAGCCCUUUCCGAAAGAACGUCGACUCAAGGAGCGAUGCAAUUGUCAGCAAAGAUUCCAGAGAAUGCUGCCAUUGGAGAACAGGUUAUCCGCCUUCAAACAACAACACAGGGAGCCAAUGAGGAAGUUCUGUGUGAUAUCAUUGACGGAAAUGUUCAGCGUCGCUUCCGUGUGAAUCGUUGUGUGAUUGAAGUAGCCCGUCCCUUAGACUUUGCUAUAAACGGAAAGUAUAAUUUGACAAUGAAAGUUACUGGAGCACUCGAGACCCGUCACGUGGAUAUACAAAUCGAGGACGUGGAAGGAUACCCACCUGUUUAUAACGACACCUGUGAAAUGACCAUGGCAAGUAAAGACAGGAAGCCAGAUCAUCCUGUUUUCAAUGUGGAUGUGACAAGUGAGUUCAUGGAAAAAAUGGGAGGGAUUUCUGUUCAUAGGUUUAAUACCAAAAAUGUGCGGAGUCGUAAGCCAUAUUCAUUAACUGUUCAAGGCUACAGCAACACCGACUGUGCCGUUUGGGUAAUGGGUGCUGCCAAUCAUCCGAAAGAUGUGAGAGUCCUGAAUGGCUUGUGGAUUACAGGAAAUUCAUGUCUUCGAUGUUUUCACCCAUGACCCGCAGGAAUCCGGAAAUGUUUUGGAACUUGUAAUUCUUAACAAUGGCGAACGAAGGUGUUCCUUUUCAUAUGAUAUGGAUUUGAAUCACAUGUCUCAUUUCUGGAGAAAACAGAAGUAUACCUUGUUAGGUUCGUUCAUAUUCCAGUCUUCAAAAACACAACAAUUCGUUUGCGAACUGCCACAAGAUGGACUUCCUGUGCGGGUCAGUCUAGGUGACAAUGAACUCAAUGAAAUUCUCUUAAAUCACUUAGAAUUAGAGAUCAAGCCUGUCGGAUGUCCGCCGAAUAAAUACGGUCUGACCUGUGACCGGAACUGUACCUGUGAGAACGGUGCCCAGUGCCAUGCUUUGAACGGGGCCUGUAAAUGCCCGCCAGGGUGGCAAGGCGUGGUCUGCGACAUCCCACAUAGUACCGUGGUAAUCACUGCGACACCUAGCGACUCCCGACACAUUUAUAUUAAUGGUUCGUUGACAUUACAUUGCCUAUCUUUUCAUGUAGAUGUCGAGAAGAUGAUAUGGGCAUUUCCCAAUGGAACGAAAAAGUGGUUACGGAAGACUCAAGAAGAUCAAAUAAAAAUCGAAAAUCUGCAGUCUCAACAUAACGGUACUUACACCUGUACUGUCGUCACGGAAGACGGGGCGGUCAUUAACACAAGUUAUGAGCUUCACGCAGUCGCUUGUCCUCCCGGCAACAUGGGUGAAUUGUGCGAAGACGUGUGCGACUGUCCACACGGUGUCAGCUGUGACCGGUGGUCUGGCUGUGUUUGUCCCUCCGGAUGGACAGGAACAGUUUGUCAAACGCCGUGCCCUGUGGACACGUACGGACUGGGUUGUAGAAAUGAGUGCCAUUGCCAUAAUGGCGCCGUCUGUGAUUCUACCGAUGGUCGAUGUAACUGCACCUAUGGCUGGUACGGUACGAACUGUAACAAGCCAUGUCCUCCGGGUCUGUAUGGAUGGAGAUGUCGGCAUGUUUGUGGCUGCAAGAACAACGCCAUCUGUCACCACGUGGAUGGAAGCUGCAAAUGCGUGUCGCCCUGGACUGGACGGUGGUGUGACGUCAUACAAACGGACACAUUUCCUUUGCUACUUCAGCUUCUUAUACCACUUUUACUGUUAGCGCUUCUUGUAUCUGUGGCAAUAUUGAUGUUUUACAAAUGGAAGAGGGCUUCUCGGGCGAGACAAGAUGAGGAUCUAGACGAGACACAGGCUUUACUUGAACUGAGUAGUAUGGAAGAGGACUUGGCCCAGAGUCUGCAGCCGGGCUGGCUCAACCGAUGGGAAAGGAGCGCCGAUAAUCUCACCCUUGAUGAACUCAUCGGGCUAGGCACGUUCGCACAUGUAAGGAAAGGGCAACUUCGCACUGCUGGCAUCGACACCACAGUAGCAGUCAAGUCCGUCCGAACAGAAGACAGAUCGUGUUAUCGGGCCUUUUGUCGCGAAGCCGCCAUACUGAUAGCCGUGCACGAACAAAGCGGAACCGGUGCUCCUUGUCCUUCCAACAUUAUCAAAUUUUUGGGGGUCAUCACAAAGUCCAGACCGAAGUGUAUUAUCUUGGAAUAUGCUUCGAAGCGGGAUCUUUUGACACUUUUAAGGCAGCGCCCUGAUCGCAAUGGUGGUCUUCCACUGGGCAGUCUUCUACGUAAUAUGCCCUCCAGAUAGCAUGCGCCUUGAAAGAGCUCCGAUAUCUUCGUAUCGCCCACGGUGACGUGGCCGCCAGAAACGUUCUCGUCACCGAACAUGACGUUGCCAAGCUUGCUGAUUUCGGUUCAGCCCAUGACGUCUAUUCGACUACGUAUGUGUCAUCAGGCAAGAGAGAUAUAGACGAACUCUUGCCUCUGAAGUGGAUGGCUCUGGAAUCCCUGGAAUCUCGCGAGUUCACGUGCGAAAGCGACAUGUGGUCAUUCGGUGUGCUACUGUGGGAGAUGGUCACGUACGGAGAGGAGCCCUACUAUGAGCACAAGAUGCACCUUAGCUGCCCUAAGCUAGUAGGGGUACUGAGGCGGGGGAUUCGGCUGCAGAAGCCACCCGAAUGUCCGAAAAAGCUUUAUGUCGCGAUGAUGUCCUGUUGGCGGGAGGAGCCGUCGACCAGACCUACACCAGAGGAAUGGAGCAGAAGCUAACAGAAUAUCGCCAUAAAAUAGAUCCUCUAUUUGUCGUUGAAAGGGAAACUAUGCUUUAGAAGACAAUGAAGUGUGAAAUGCAUAUCAAUGUGAAUCAUGAAAGUAACGUUUGACGGUGGAUGGCAAAUAAGAACCAUUGGAACUUCCAGGUCGGGGACAUGACUAGUUACACUGAUCCACAAUUCGAAAACAUUAGUGAUGUCGAUGCUUAACAUUUUCAGGAGUACUCCACUGUUGAUUAUUCACCUUGACAUAUGUAUCAGUGCGUAUCAUCAUACAACACACAUGCGGUGAGGCAAUUCUAAAACAGCAUAAUCAAGUUAAGUCGAGCUGACAGAAUAAGGAAGGUAGAUGGGUAGUAUCAGAGGAUUGUGUGUAUUUCAAAAGUAUACGAGGCAUGAAUGGUUGAUAGCUUAAUUUUGAGUAAAAUUAUCAGACUGUUGACUUGGGGGUGCUGCUCACCCCUCAUAUUACCUUCAGUUUUGAGGAGGCGUUGGCCAUAUCAUUGCACAUGGCUCUUGUGGAAUAUGUCAUCAAACAUUACAUUUUUAUCAAACUUGUAUGUUACCAUGGAGGUUGAACUUUAGCUUUUGCAGAUCAUGUAUGAAUAAGCUACAUAUAAUGAUAUUGUAAGUUACUUGCCUUAGUAGAAUUUUAAGGUUAUAAUCGUUUCCCCUCUUAUCAGCGACGGUGAAACAAUAAAAUAACGGAGUUUUAUUCCAAAAGUUAUUCAUA